AUUAACUUGACUAUGCUUCUUUUUCUGCAAUUACUUUUUGAGAGUUUCUCUCUCUAAAGAGUAUUGUUGACUUGAGUAUCGGAGUGUUUUUUUCGAAAAAAUAUCAUUGAGAUUUUCAAGUGUUAAAGUCGUUGAAAAUCUCUAUGAUGUAGAUUGCCCAUUAGAUUUGAGUGGGUCAAAUUUUACUCUAUUGGCAUCAAUAUGCUUUAAUAAUGAUGAAAGGGGGAAAUGUUGCCGCUAUAUGAAUGCUUUUGUUUCAGUUUCUGUUGCUCGCUAUGCAAAUGUGACAGGCAACCUAGGAGUUCCUCCCGAUCUGUCUGAUGUUUGCAUACGUUCCGUAUUGCAAAGAAUGGAAUUGUAUGGAGUUCCACGGAAUGCCACAAUUUUCUGUGGGUUUGGGACAAAAAUUCUUGUUAGUUAUGAUUGUAGGGGUCGAACAUCUGUCACACAGAUGAUUGAGUCUCCUAAAUUUGUCAACGUAACAGAAAACUGUAAAGUGCCUCAUCUGCAGGAGACUAAUUGUAAGAAGUGUUUAAAUGCUGGCAUCAUAUACCUUCAUCAUCUCGUUGGUGCAGAUGAUAAUAUGACAUUGAGUACUUGCCGAGAUGCUACUUUUUCGGCACUUGCAAGCCAAGUUGACAAUAUUUCUGCUGCUGAAAUUGCAAAUUGUUUCUUUCAAGUUCAGGCAUUUAAUAUUCCACCAGUGUCAGAUUCAUCCCCCUCUGUGCUUGUGCCGGAGGCUUCUCCAAGUCCAUUGUUAGCUGCCAGUCCAAGUCAACUCAUGUUGGGGGUACCUCUAAAACAAAAACAGCAUUCCUACCACCUGACGUUAAUUCAAGGUGUUGGCAUUGCAGUUACACUGGUGGCCGUCAUCAUGCUGUUGUUUCUGAUAGUUCUCAUUCGCCAGAAAAGCAGAGAGCUAAAGGAUUCUGAGAGUAUGGAUAAGAAUCCUUCAAAACUUUUUCCUUCUCUUCGGCCCAUGAGAAAAAUUCAAGAAGGUGCUUCGUCAAUGUUCCGAAAAUACAGCUACAGGGAAACAAAGAAGGCCACUGAAAAUUUUAGCACUGUCAUUGGACGUGGAGGAUUUGGGACUGUGUACAAGGCUGAAUUUAGUGAUGGUUCAGUAGCAGCAGUUAAGCGGAUGGACAACAUUUCAGAGCAGGCAGAGGAUGAAUUUUGCAGAGAGAUAGAACUUCUUGCCAGGUUGCAUCAUCGUCAUCUUGUUGCUCUAAGAGGCUUUUGCAUUGAAAAGCAUGACAGGUUUCUCAUGUAUGAGUUUAUGGCAAAUGGGAACCUAAAGGAUCAUCUUCAUUCCCCAGGAAGGUCUCCUCUGAGUUGGGAGACCAGAAUCCAAAUUGCCAUUCAUGUUGCUAACGCUCUGGAGUACCUCCAUUUCUAUUGUGAUCCACCGCUAUGUCAUAGAGACAUCAAAUCAAGCAACAUCUUAUUGGAUGAGAAUUUUGUUGCAAAGGUUGCAGAUUUUGGCCUUGCCCAUGCUUCAAAAGAUGGUUCAAUUUGCUUUGAACCAGUUAACACUGAUAUCAGGGGAACUCCAGGUUACAUGGAUCCUGAAUAUGUGGUCACUCAAGAGCUCACUGAGAAAAGUGAUAUCUACAGCUAUGGCGUGCUAUUGCUGGAAAUAGUGACUGCAAGGCGGGCAGUAGAAGAUGGCAAGAAUUUAGUAGAAUCAUCCCAGUUUUUCUUGGCAUCGGAGGCAAGAGUAACAGAGCUUGUAGACCCCCGAAUUAAGGAAUCCUUUGACUUAGACCAACUUCAGAUGGUUGUGACCAUUGUGAGAUGGUGCACCCAGAGAGAAGGCCGUUCUAGGCCUUCCAUCAAACAGGUUCUCCGGCUUUUGUAUGAGAGUUCAGACCCAAUGCAAAGUGGAUUUAUACAAGCUGUGGAAGAUGAAGAGUAUGAAGGAAAUGAAGGGAAGGGAAGAACUAGUAGAGGGAAAUCACAUAGGAGUGGGCCUAUUUUUCACAGUGGGGAUGCAAGAUAUCUUCCUUCUUCUUCAAGUACAUCUAGGUCAUAUUGUAGCAGAAGCUUUUUACUUGAGACUGGUUCACCGCAAUCUCCCCCAAAUAUGCUCUCCCUUUGAGGUAAUUCAUUUGUUCUCGAGAUGACAACCACUGGGGAGACUUGAGCCACUUAGACCAAGUCAUGGUUGAGAAUCAAAAGUCGUUCUUUUGUAGAGCAACCCAACAACUUUUGAGCUUAUAUGUAGAAAGGAAAACAAGACAGGAGAUGAAGAGAAGACAUGUUAAAAUUUUCCAUCUUCUGUUCUUAAAGUUUUUGGAGAAUUCUGGCAUAAAUGUUAUGUUCUUGGCCUGCAUUAUUGAAUUUGAAAGACUGGAAAUUGCCAGAAUUCGGUUAUGAGGACUAACCAUGUCUGCACUUGGAUAAGAAAAAGUACUAUAAAAUCACUGUAUCUUCUUUUAUCUCUUGAAGAUGUAGAUGAGUGAAAAUAAGGGGUAGAAUUUUGGAUUUCUGAAAGGAUUGGUUUUAGUUUGACAACUAGAUUUGUACCUCUGUUAUUUAGAGUUAGAUUUUGGAUUUUGUGUGUAAGAACAUAAUUCUUUGUGACAUUUAAUCCGAGCAUGGAUUGUCUACCUUGUCAUGUAUCUUGUUUAGUCAUUUAGAGUCAGAUUUUUGGAGUAAAAAUAAGAUGAUUCU